AUGGAUAUCACCCUGGUCACCUUGAUCGCCUUGGUCUGUGCCGCGGUUGCGCGCAACGACCUCCGACGAAGAUUUCGCCGUCGGGACAGCGUGGCUCGUCGUUUAGGACACAAAGCUCAGCGUCGGGAUGCGUUCUGUGUUCUCCACGCGGGGGACAACUGGAAUCCGCAGGAGGUCAAGGACCUGUUCCAGUGCAGCGUGAAUUUGAUGGACGGCUACGACCGAGGGAAUACUGGAAACAAGGCUUCCUGCAACAUGUUUCGCUACCUGCAGAACUAUGGUAACACUCACAGCCGCGGCGGUAUCUAUGAGAAGGUCUCCCAGGUCCUGGAUGUGAUCUGCUUCAUCUAG